GAAGGGGUUGCUGACGGGGUUUUUUGUUUGAUAGUUGAUACUUGAUACAGCGGACAGCCUUUAUAUACCCUUCCUAAACGAAACCUUCGAAACUCAACACUCAACGGAGAUUAACAAAAAUAAAAGAGAAAUGGAGACGGAAGUGAUUUUCUUAUGCAGCUACGGUGGGCAGAUCAAGUUCCACGACGGAACCAACCAACACAUGUACGAAGGCGGCAAAAACAAGAAACUCCGCGUUCGCAGCAGCAUCAAUUUCAAUGACUUGAUCGCCGAGCUCGCCGACAACAGCGGCACUGCCGACGUGGCCUACUUCGAGUACCAGAUCCCAGGGUACGGCCUAGAAACCCUCGUCAGCGUCACCAACGACAGAGACCUCCGCAACCUGAUGCGGGAGUUCGAUCCGAACAUACCCGACGACGUCAAGCGUAUCUUCCUCUUCCCUGAGAAAAAUCCUUCACCCUCUCCUCCUCCUCCGCAGCGCUUGGAGCGCGUCGAUUCACCGCUGCAAGUCGCUGAGAACGCGUCCGAGCUGGAGGCAGUUGCAGGUCCGCGUGUGAACCACGUGGUUCACUACUUGAUGCUUGUAUCGGCCGGUUUACUCUUCACAGCGGUACUACUUUUUUUGGUACCCUUCGUAUUCACCCUUCAACCGCAGAAUCAUUCAGUUAUGGUCGUUAACGACGACCUCAAGAGCACUGGAACUAUCGCACCACUUGGAUCUGAUGAUCUUGAUGAUCAAUCUGUCUCCGACAAAGCUGCAGCAGUACCGGCUUUCGAUCCGUCGAAUGCUGCAGAUUUUUAUGUGUUUAUCAGUUUUAGAGGCAAGGACUCGCGCAUCAACUUCGUGUGUCAUCUUCACCAAGCUCUCAACCAACAACAAAUCAAAGUCUUCAUAGAUCACAAGCUCCCAAAAGGACACAGCAUAUGGCCUUCACUCUUAAAGGCUAUUGAAAGUUCACAUUUAUCUCUUGUCAUUUUCUCACAGGACUAUGCUUCCAGCAAGUGGUGUUUGCAAGAAUUGGUCAAAAUAUUAGAGACCAUGAAGCAACAAGGACAGGUUGUUCUCCCUGUUUUUUAUAAUAUAGAUCCAUCACAUGUGCGCUACCAGCUUGGAAGUUUUAAACAAGCAUUCGAAAAGCACGUGCAGAAAUUUGACCCAAUUGUGGUUCAAAAUUGGAAGACGGCUCUCACUGAAGCAGCAGAUUUGAUUGGUUGGGAUUCAAAGUCACCCUACAUUAGGGAUGAUGAUGAUCUUGUUCAGCAGAUAGUGGAAGAUGUUUUAGAGAAGAAGAAUCAAUAUUGCAAAUCCAAGGCUUGAGCUGAGAAUUAUUCACGAUUCUGAAGCUUUCGGUCGUCAUGGACGACGUGGAUAUAUAAACACAAUUAGCAAAUAUAUGUGCUUUAUGUUUUAAAAUUAAAAUAAAGCAAUCUUUGAAUUUUCUCUAUUGUAGGGUUUGAAGGAUUAUCAGCAAUGUGCUUGAAGUUUAAUUUGAAAUUGUAUUAUU